AGUGCUAAAGGAUCCCCGCGGAGGGAGCGGUGGGUUUGGGACUGAGACGCUGGAUCUGUGGUCGCGGCUGGGACGUACGCCGGCGCCACCAUCUUCGGCCGGAGAGGUGCUUGCUGUUAGAGCCUUCUGCUUACAAUGGCGCAAAGAACUGGACUCGAAGAUCCAGAGAGAUAUCUCUUUGUGGAUAGGGCUGUUAUCUACAACCCUGCCACUCAAGCUGAUUGGACGGCUAAAAAGUUAGUUUGGAUUCCAUCAGAACGCCAUGGCUUUGAGGCAGCUAGUAUCAAAGAAGAGCGGGGAGAUGAAGUUAUGGUUGAGCUGGCUGAGAAUGGAAAGAAAGCAAUGGUCAACAAAGAUGAUAUUCAGAAGAUGAACCCACCAAAGUUUUCUAAGGUGGAAGAUAUGGCCGAAUUGACAUGCUUGAAUGAAGCUUCUGUUUUACAUAAUCUGAAGGAUCGCUACUAUUCGGGACUUAUCUAUACGUAUUCUGGACUCUUCUGCGUAGUCAUAAAUCCUUAUAAGAAUCUCCCAAUUUACUCUGAGAACAUUAUUGAGAUGUAUAGAGGGAAGAAGCGUCAUGAGAUGCCCCCCCACAUCUACGCCAUAUCGGAGUCUGCUUACAGAUGCAUGCUUCAAGAUCGUGAGGACCAGUCAAUUCUUUGCACGGGUGAAUCAGGAGCCGGGAAGACAGAAAAUACCAAGAAAGUUAUCCAGUACCUCGCUCAUGUUGCUUCUUCACAUAAAGGAAGAAAGGACCACAAUAUUCCUCAGGAAUCGCCUAAACCAGUGAAAUACCAGGGGGAACUUGAACGGCAGCUUUUGCAAGCAAAUCCAAUUCUGGAAUCAUUUGGAAAUGCGAAGACUGUGAAAAAUGAUAACUCAUCUCGUUUUGGUAAAUUUAUUCGGAUCAACUUUGAUGUAACUGGUUAUAUUGUUGGGGCCAAUAUAGAAACAUACCUUCUGGAAAAGUCUCGAGCUGUUCGUCAGGCGAAAGAUGAGCGCACCUUUCAUAUCUUUUACCAGUUGUUAUCUGGAGCAGGGGAACACCUGAAAUCUGACUUGCUCCUUGAAGGGUUUCAUAACUACAGAUUCCUCUCCAAUGGCUAUAUUCCUAUUCCGGGACAGCAGGACAAAGACAACUUUCAGGAGACGAUGGAAGCGAUGCAUAUAAUGGGCUUCUCUCAUGAAGAAAUUCUUUCAAUGCUUAAAGUAGUAUCCUCAGUGCUGCAGUUUGGAAAUAUUUCUUUCAAGAAAGAGAGGAAUACCGAUCAAGCAUCCAUGCCAGAAAAUACAGUUGCACAGAAACUCUGCCAUCUUCUUGGGAUGAAUGUGAUGGAGUUCACGCGGGCUAUCCUUACCCCGAGGAUCAAGGUCGGCCGAGACUACGUGCAGAAAGCCCAGACCAAAGAACAAGCAGAUUUUGCAGUAGAAGCACUGGCUAAAGCCACCUAUGAGCGGCUCUUUCGCUGGCUUGUUCAUCGAAUCAACAAAGCUCUGGAUAGGACCAAACGCCAGGGAGCAUCUUUCAUUGGAAUCCUGGACAUUGCUGGAUUUGAGAUAUUUGAGCUGAAUUCCUUUGAACAACUUUGCAUCAACUACACCAAUGAGAAACUGCAGCAGCUGUUCAACCACACCAUGUUCAUCCUGGAGCAGGAGGAGUACCAGCGGGAAGGCAUCGAGUGGAACUUCAUCGAUUUUGGAUUAGACCUGCAGCCCUGCAUCGACUUGAUAGAGAGACCGGCUAACCCGCCUGGUGUGCUGGCCCUUUUGGAUGAAGAGUGCUGGUUCCCGAAAGCCACUGAUAAAACCUUUGUUGAAAAACUGGUUCAGGAGCAGGGUUCCCACUCCAAGUUUCAAAAACCUCGACAACUAAAAGACAAAGCUGAUUUUUGCAUCAUACAUUAUGCAGGGAAGGUGGACUACAAGGCCGACGAGUGGCUGAUGAAGAACAUGGACCCUCUGAAUGACAAUGUGGCCACCCUCUUGCACCAGUCCUCAGACAGAUUUGUGGCAGAGCUUUGGAAAGAUGAGAUUCAGAAUAUUCAGAGAGCUUCUUUCUAUGACAGUGUUUCUGGUCUUCAUGAGCCACCAGUGGACCGAAUUGUGGGUCUGGACCAAGUCACUGGUAUGACCGAGACAGCAUUUGGCUCCGCCUACAAAACCAAGAAGGGCAUGUUUCGCACCGUAGGGCAACUCUACAAAGAGUCUCUCACCAAGCUGAUGGCCACCCUCCGGAAUACCAACCCUAACUUUGUUCGCUGCAUCAUUCCAAACCAUGAGAAACGGGCAGGAAAACUGGACCCACAUCUAGUGCUCGAUCAGCUUCGCUGCAAUGGUGUCCUAGAGGGGAUCCGAAUCUGUCGCCAAGGGUUCCCAAACCGAAUCGUCUUCCAGGAAUUCAGGCAGAGAUACGAGAUCCUAACUCCAAAUGCUAUACCUAAAGGAUUUAUGGAUGGCAAACAGGCUUGCGAACGGAUGAUCCGAGCAUUAGAACUGGACCCUAACUUGUAUAGAAUUGGGCAGAGCAAGAUCUUUUUCAGAGCUGGAGUUUUGGCACACCUAGAGGAAGAAAGAGAUUUAAAAAUUACCGAUAUCAUCAUCUUCUUCCAGGCUGUUUGCAGAGGUUACCUCGCCAGAAAAGCUUUUGCCAAGAAACAGCAACAGCUGAGCGCCUUGAAGGUCUUGCAGCGGAACUGUGCUGCAUACCUGAAGCUCCGACACUGGCAGUGGUGGCGAGUCUUCACCAAGGUGAAGCCUCUCUUACAAGUGACUCGCCAAGAGGAAGAACUUCAGGCUAAAGAUGAAGAGCUGUUGAAGGUGAAAGAGAAGCAGACAAAGGUGGAAGGUGAGCUUGAGGAGAUGGAGAGGAAGCAUCAGCAGCUUUUAGAGGAGAAGAAUAUCCUUGCAGAGCAACUCCAAGCAGAAACAGAGCUUUUUGCUGAAGCCGAAGAGAUGCGGGCAAGACUGGCUGCUAAAAAGCAGGAACUGGAAGAGAUUCUCCAUGACCUGGAGUCGAGGGUAGAAGAAGAAGAAGAAAGAAACCAAAUACUCCAAAAUGAAAAGAAAAAAAUGCAAGCUCACAUUCAGGACCUGGAGGAGCAGCUGGAUGAGGAGGAAGGUGCCCGACAGAAGCUACAGCUCGAAAAGGUCACCGCCGAGGCCAAGAUCAAGAAGAUGGAGGAGGAGAUUCUGCUUCUAGAGGACCAAAACUCCAAAUUUAUCAAAGAAAAGAAACUCAUGGAAGAUCGCAUUGCUGAGUGCUCCUCUCAGCUGGCUGAAGAGGAAGAAAAGGCGAAGAAUUUGGCUAAAAUCAGGAACAAGCAAGAAGUGAUGAUCUCAGAUUUAGAAGAACGCCUAAAGAAGGAAGAAAAGACACGCCAGGAACUGGAAAAAGCCAAAAGAAAACUGGACGGUGAGACGACUGACCUGCAGGACCAGAUCGCAGAGCUGCAGGCCCAGAUUGACGAGCUAAAGGUCCAGCUGGCCAAGAAGGAGGAGGAGCUGCAGGGUGCACUGGCCAGAGGCGACGAUGAAACUCUUCAUAAGAAUAAUGCACUUAAAGUUGUUCGAGAGCUUCAAGCACAAAUUGCUGAACUCCAAGAAGACUUUGAGUCUGAAAAGGCAUCGCGGAACAAGGCGGAAAAACAGAAAAGGGACUUGAGUGAGGAACUGGAAGCCCUGAAAACUGAGCUGGAGGACACCCUGGACACAACUGCUGCCCAGCAGGAACUCCGUACAAAACGUGAGCAGGAAGUGGCAGAGCUGAAGAAGGCUCUUGAGGAAGAAACCAAGAACCAUGAAGCUCAAAUCCAGGAUAUGAGGCAGAGGCACGCCACAGCCCUAGAGGAGCUCUCAGAGCAGUUGGAGCAGGCCAAGAGGUUCAAAGCCAAUCUGGAGAAGAAUAAGCAGGGGCUGGAGACAGACAACAAGGAGCUGGCCUGUGAGGUGAAGGUGCUGCAGCAGGUCAAGGCCGAAUCUGAGCACAAGAGGAAGAAGCUUGAUGCUCAAGUCCAGGAGCUCCAUGCCAAGGUCUCAGAAGGAGACCGACUAAGGGUGGAACUGGCCGAGAAAGCAAAUAAGUUACAGAACGAGUUAGAUAAUGUCUCCACACUUCUGGAAGAAGCAGAGAAGAAGGGCAUUAAGUUUGCUAAGGAUGCAGCUAGUCUAGAAUCUCAGCUACAGGAUACACAGGAGCUGCUUCAGGAGGAGACUCGCCAGAAAUUGAAUCUGAGCAGUAGGAUCCGGCAGCUGGAGGAGGAGAAAAACAGUCUUCAGGAGCAGCAAGAGGAGGAGGAGGAGGCCAGGAAGAACCUGGAGAAGCAGGUGUUGGCCCUGCAGUCCCAGCUGUUGGAAGCCAAGAAGAGGGUCGACGAUGACUUGGGGACCAUUGAAAGUUUGGAGGAAGCCAAGAAGAAGCUGCUGAAGGACGUGGAGGCGCUGAGCCAGCGCCUGGAGGAGAAGGCCCUGGCCUACGACAAGCUGGAGAAGACCAAGAACCGCCUGCAGCAGGAGCUGGACGACCUGACAGUCGACCUCGACCACCAGCGCCAGAUCGUGUCCAACCUGGAGAAGAAGCAGAAGAAAUUUGACCAGCUUUUAGCUGAAGAGAAGAAUAUCUCCGCUCGCUAUGCAGAGGAGCGGGACCGGGCAGAAGCAGAGGCCAGAGAGAAGGAGACCAAAGCCCUGUCGCUGGCUCGGGCGCUCGAGGAGGCCCUGGAGGCCAAGGAAGAGUUUGAGCGGCAGAACAAGCAGCUGCGUGCAGACAUGGAGGACCUGAUGAGCUCCAAAGAUGAUGUGGGCAAGAACGUUCACGAACUUGAAAAGUCCAAACGGGCCCUGGAGCAGCAGGUGGAAGAGAUGAGGACCCAGCUGGAGGAGCUGGAGGAUGAGCUCCAGGCUACAGAAGAUGCCAAGCUCCGCCUGGAGGUCAACAUGCAGGCCAUGAAGGCCCAGUUCGAGCGGGACCUUCAGACCCGGGAUGAACAGAACGAAGAAAAGAAGCGGCUGCUGAUUAAACAGGUCCGGGAGCUGGAAGCGGAGCUGGAAGAUGAGCGCAAACAGCGGGCCCUCGCUGUGGCUUCCAAGAAGAAAAUGGAAAUAGAUCUGAAGGACCUUGAAGCCCAAAUUGAGGCAGCGAACAAAGCUCGGGAUGAAGUGAUCAAGCAGCUUCGCAAACUGCAGGCUCAAAUGAAAGAUUAUCAGCGUGAAUUGGAAGAAGCUCGGGCCUCCCGGGAUGAGAUUUUUGCUCAGUCCAAAGAGAGUGAAAAGAAACUGAAGAGUCUGGAGGCAGAAAUACUUCAGUUGCAGGAGGAACUCGCCUCCUCGGAGCGAGCCCGCCGACACGCCGAGCAGGAACGGGAUGAGCUGGCCGAUGAAAUCGCCAACAGCGCUUCUGGCAAGUCUGCGCUGCUGGACGAAAAGCGGCGGCUGGAGGCCAGGAUCGCACAGCUGGAGGAGGAACUGGAGGAGGAGCAGAGCAACAUGGAGCUGCUCAACGACCGCUUCCGCAAGACCACCCUGCAGGUGGACACACUCAAUGCAGAGCUGGCAGCCGAGCGCAGUGCCGCUCAGAAGAGUGAUAACGCCCGCCAGCAGCUGGAGCGACAGAACAAGGAGCUCAAGGCCAAGCUGCAGGAGCUGGAAGGCGCCGUCAAGUCCAAGUUCAAGGCCACCAUAUCAGCCCUGGAAGCCAAGAUCGGACAGCUGGAGGAGCAGCUGGAGCAGGAAGCCAAGGAACGAGCAGCUGCCAACAAACUUGUCCGUCGCACUGAGAAGAAGCUAAAGGAAAUCUUCAUGCAGGUUGAGGAUGAACGCCGGCAUGCGGAUCAGUACAAAGAGCAGAUGGAGAAAGCCAACGCCAGGAUGAAGCAGCUCAAACGCCAACUGGAGGAAGCAGAGGAGGAGGCUACACGUGCCAACGCGUCACGGCGUAAACUCCAGCGGGAACUGGACGAUGCCACGGAAGCCAACGAGGGCCUGAGCCGCGAGGUCAGCACACUCAAGAACCGGCUGAGGCGGGGCGGCCCCAUCAGCUUUUCCUCCAGCCGGCCUGGCCGGCGCCAGCUGCACAUCGAGGGGGCGUCCUUAGAGCUGUCUGACGAUGACACAGAAAGUAAGACCAGUGACGUCAACGAGACACAGCCACCUCCGUCAGAAUAG